AUGCCGCUAUCGAGUGACGGCCAACUCGUGCGCACCCAGUCGACUGGCAAGUUUGAGUAUAUCCACGCCGAUCAACUUGAACGCAUUGAAACUCGGUACUUGAGCGAUGCCCUGCACAAUGACACAGCAGCGGACCUGCUUCCCAACCAUGUCGAGCCAUUCUCGUUGACUCCCAGCACUGGCGGCACUUCCAUUGAUGCGAAGAGCAAUACGCAGCAGCGCCUGUGGAUGUGUGCCUCGCAGUUGGGCCACAGCACUCGCUUUGUGCAGCCUGAUAAUAAGACCAACACUAUUGUGAAGCCUAUCUAUGUCUAUAACAUUGAGACCGGCAACUAUCCAUCUCCAAUUGACCAUGCUUGA